AUAGUGGAGAGUUGCGGACACAAACAAGUAUUCUCAGGCUCCGACAUCCAACCACUAACCACAACAACAUCAAUACAAACACAACCCCAAACCCGCUGCUCGUGUUCGCUCGCCGUGCUGUGAGUGAACGCGCUCUCCAUCACGAAACUAUCGACAUGCCGCCGAAGAAGCGCAGCAGCGGGACCCCGCAGAAGAAAGACUUCAAAGGGAACACGAAGAGCGAAUCUCCGGACAGUAGCGAGAACGCAGUGCUGAGCCCUGAACGACACAAGGACAAGGACUCUGAAUUCGUGUCUCUCAGUGAGGAGCUCCAUGCCACAAAUCUCGUCUGUGAUCAUGCAUGGAGAAUUUGGGAGAGGGAGAUCAGGCCGAUGGAAAAGGCAAAUAUGGCGUAUUCGAACAGACAGCAGUGGGGAGCUUGUCUGUUCAUUGCUGGCAUGGAGCUUGAAGGCAUCAGCCUCACCUUCACACAAUUCCUAAAAGUGGUUGGACUGAGUGUGAAGCAGUUCAUCAGCCUUGUGAGGAAGAUGGAUGUAAAUGUGGACACAAUAAGCCCUAAAGUGAACACUGCUGUGACACGACUGGAGAAGAAAUAUGAUGUGACCUUUGCCCUCUACCAAAGAUUUGUGAAGACUUUUGAAAAAAUCUUCGCAGAGCCUGACAAAGAAAAGAGAAAAGAGCUUUGGGAAAGCAGUUGGACCUUGUUCCUCUUGGCCAAGGGAACAUUUCUGCAGAUGGAGGAUGACCUUGUGAUAGCCUUCCAGUUGCUGCUGUGUGUUCUGGAGUUCUUCACCAAGCGUUUCACUCCUUCUCUCCUUCAAUCACCCUACAAGUCAGUGGUUAGUUCAUCCACCUUGAGUCCUCUGACCAGGGCAUCCCGACGUAAUCAGGGCAAAACCAAACCCCGUCCACUAGAGAUGGACAUGCAGUUGCUGGAGACACUGUGCAAGGAGGGCAAUUGCAGUGUGGAUGAGGUGAAAAACGUGUACCAGACCACUUUCUGUGCGUUCCUGGACUCUGUGGGUCUGUCAGGACUCCAAGGGCUUCCUCCUAUGGAAACACUUUCCAAGCAGUAUGAAGAGCUGUACCACAAAAACAAGGACUUUGAUGCCAGGUUGUUCUUGGUUGAUGAUGAAACUCUUUCCCCCAACAAAAUAGAAGUGUCAAAGGUGGAAGUGACUCCAAGAAAGAAUUUUCCAGGCGAGGAUGUUGUAAUUCCAGUUCCACAGACCCCAAUCAGAGCUGCAAUGAACUCCAUACAGCAGCUCAGAGUUGAUCUCACCUCAGCUAGUGACCAGCCCUCAAGCAAUCUCCUAGUCUAUUACAAGAACUGCACUGUUGACCCAUCAGAAGAGAUCAGAAAGAGGGUUGAGGAGCUGGGCCAGGUCUUCAUCCAGAGGUUUGCACAGGCUGUGGGCCAGCACUGUGAGGGACUGGGGAGAAAGCGGUUUAAUCUUGGUGCCCAACUCUACUACAAAGUCAUGGAGUCAAUGCUUAAAUCGGAGGAGAAGAGAUUAUCAGUGCAGAAUUUCAGUAAACUUCUCAACAAUGCAGCAUUUCAUACCUCAUUGCUUGCAUGCGCCCUGGAAGUUGUAAUGGCAACUUAUGUUGGGAACUCCUUAAAAAAUGGAGGUUUUGGCAGCUCAGGGGCCAGCGAUUCCAUUGAAACUGAUCUGUGCUUCCCCUGGAUCUUGGACGUCUUCCAGCUGCCUGCUUUCAACUUCUACAAGGUGAUAGAGAGCUUCAUCAAAGCCGAGCCCACCCUGAAGCAUGACAUGAUGAAGCACCUGGAGCAGUGCGAACAUGUUAUCAUGGAGAGCCUUGCGUGGAGAGCGGACUCUCCUCUCUUUGACCUCCUCAAACAGUCUCGUGAGGAAGGAUCUGGUGAACAAGCAGAGCCCCCCGCAACAUUGAACCAACCCCUGCAUCACAACCACACCGCUGCUGACCUGUAUCUCUCUCCUGUGCGGCCGAGCCGUCGACCCCCGUCAGCAGAGGCUGAGCCCCCAACACCAGGCACCAAAGCACCCCGUUCAAACUCUCUGAGCCUUUUCUACAAAAAGUUGUACAGGAUGGCCUACCUGCGACUGAAAACGCUGUUCUCGCACCUGCUGACCUCACACCCAGAACUGGAACCUAUAAUAUGGACCCUGCUUCAGCACACCCUCCAGAACGAGUACGAAUUAAUGCAAGAGAGACACUUAGACCAGUUGAUCAUGUCGGCUAUGUAUGCCAUAUGCAAGGUGAAGAACGUUGACUUGCGCUUCAAAACUAUUGUGACCGCUUAUAAAGAGCUGCCCAAUACUAAUCAGGAGACAUUUAAGCGUGUGCUGAUCAGAGAGGGUCAGUACGACUCCAUCAUUGUCUUCUACAAUCUGGUCUUCAUGCAGAAGCUCAAGACUAACAUUCUUCAAUAUUCCUCUCCUCGGCCGCCGCCUCUGUCUCCCAUUCCUCACAUCCCCUGCAGCCCCUAUAAAAACUCUCCUCUGCGCGUGCCCGGCAGCAAUAACGUCUACGUCUCCCCAUUGAAAAGCAGCCGCAUGUCCCCUGUACCCAUGACCCCACGGAGCAGAAUUCUUAUAUCUAUCGGCGAAUCCUUUGGGUCUGCAGACAAAUUUCAGAAGAUCAAUCAGAUGGUCAGCAGCACUGAUUGGUCCCUCAAGAGGAGUCUGGAUGGAGGCGCCGCCCCCAAACCCCUUAAGAGAUUGCGCUUUGACAUGGAUGGACAAGAUGAAGCUGAUGGAAGCAAAUCAAGUGGCGAGUCAACGCUGAUCCAGAAGCUGGCUGAGAUGAGCUCGACACGUACUCGUAUGCAGGAACAGAAACUGAAGGAGGAGUCUGUUAAAGAGCAUCCAGAGCCCUAAAUGAAUCCACUCUGUACUGCCUGAGGAAAACCACUCCGCCAUGAACGGGAAAGGCUGACACCCCUGGGUGUUUUACGUUACUACAUUUUAGACUUCUUCACCUGUUUUAGUAAUUAAGCGGUGCACUGCAUUUCCUGAAAUAGCACAGGUGCUUUUCCUGUGUUAGUUCAUUUUAGAUUUGUUUUAAGCAUGCGAGCGUCCAUGAAGGAGGUUUUAUUCUUUGUUUUGUAGAGUUUUGUUUAGGUGACAUUGUGGUAGAGGAAAUAACAUGAAGCAUACCUCUUAAGUGAUCUACAAACAAAAAACUGGCGGGUUUAGUGUGUCAUGAUGAUAAUUUAUUGUUUUUUUUUUGUUUUUUUCCUUGGUGGUUUUUUCCACUAAUUCUAGAGCUUCCUGCUUUUCCUCACAUUGCUGUACAGGAAAUUGUGAAUGACAUGGGGUUUAAGAUCAAAUUUGACACCAGUGUUUCCUUUAAUCAUGUUUUAGGUAAAGACAUCACAUCUUUUGCAGAUGUGAACCCCGCUUGUGGCCUUUCUCAAAGCAUAUCUUUGAGGACUCCCUAUUUUGCGUGAUAAAAGUAAAUGGAUUUAAUUUGGAGACUGUAUUAUAAAUGUGUUGCUGUUUAGGCAUUACUGGGGUUUUAGGAUGUGAUUGCUGUGUGAGUGGAUGUGCAUAUAUGUGCGGUCUGACCUUUUUAUGUUCUGCCUUGGCCGCGUUGUUAUUUUUGCUAUUGAAUUUUAAGACUGUUUUUGAGCUUUUGUUACUAAUAUUUGAAAAAAUUAUGUUAUACCUCAAAUGUUCUUUUUGAAAAAUUAUGUAAUGCCUCAAAAGUUUAACAACUGACUUGUUUAAGAAAAAUCAAGUGUCCUGUUGUUGAUUCAAGGAGGACAGUGGCACCUUUGCCUGCUUCUUGCUGCCACAAACUGAGACUAGCCAUAGCACAUGGUGAUAAAAUGAUUAAUCACACUGUUUAGUUUUUUUAUUUGCUCUGUUUGGGCAAGUGCCCGCAGAUUUAUUCCCUACCGAAAUGCUGUUUGUCAGAAAAUGGCAAGCUUGUAGAUGUCUUGCUAGUGUUAGUUGUGUUUGAAGUUCAGAGAAUCAUCUCUUGGCAGAGGCUUCAUUUUUACUAUGAAAUAAAUUAUUGGGAAGCAGGGAUGCAAAAAUUA